AUGAAAACAGAGGAAGUUGAAGCAAUGGGACUCUCCGAUCAUCUCCGAACCUUACUGAAGUUUCUUCGGUUUACAGAGGUUUCCGCGGCGAUGGCAUUUCUCGUUUGGACGUUUAGCCGCCUCCCUUUGAUUCUCAGAGUUUCAAGCGAUUACAUUUCUCAAAUCUCCGGUUAUUUUACAAGUCCUGUUUUCGGUUUCAUGCUCUGUAACACCAUUAUCAUCGCUCUAAUUGCCAAGCCCCACCGCUUCUCCGGCGGAAAAUUCACCGGUGACAAUGUUGAAACGGAGCUCGUAAACGAACUUGUAAAAGACGGGGCUCUUACGUCUCUGUCUUUGCCUGGGAGUGAGCCAAAUGGGCGGCUCUGCUCUGACCUAGAGCUUGAGGAGAUCGCGUACGAGGAUAAAGAGGUAAUUUCAGAGGUGAGGUCAACAACGGCGGCGGCCUUCACUGAAGAAAUAGAGGAUUUCAGUUCGGGAUCGGAGAAAUUGAAGUUAGCAUGGAGCGAAUUCGGUGGAGGAGUGUUCGGGCGAGCAGAGGUAGAGGCGGAGGCGAUUUGGGGAGGAGGGGUUUUGCCGGAAAGUGUACGGAACGGGGAGGAGCUAAGCAAUAAGGAGUUUGAGCGAAGGAUCGACGCGUUCAUUGCACGAGAGUUGAAGUUUCGCUGGGAAGAAUCCGGCGCCGUCGUCCUCCCAAGUGGAAGUUGCCUCCGAGGUUAA